GCCACGCUCUCCCUGGUUUUCCGGGAUCCGAGCUUGUAGGCCCUUUAAAGGAUCCCAGGGGCCCUUUGCCGGGCGCAGACGGUGGGAAUCUGAAUGGCUUCCGUGCGGAUCCGGGAGGCCAAGGAGGGAGACUGUGGAGACAUCCUGAGGCUGAUUCGGGAACUAGCUGAGUACGAGAAACUCUCGGAUCAGGUGAAGAUCAGUGAAGAAGCCCUCAGAGCAGAUGGCUUUGGAGAGAAUCCUUUCUAUCAGUGUUUGGUAGCAGAGAUUCUUCCAGUCCGCGGGGAGCUACAGGGGCCCUGUGUGGUAGGCUACGGGCUAUACUACUUCUCCUACAGCACAUGGAAGGGACGCACCAUUUAUCUGGAAGACAUCUAUGUGAUGCCGGAAUAUCGCGGUCAGGGGAUUGGUUCCAAAAUAAUCAAAAACGUGGCUGAGGUGGCCUUGGAUAAGGGCUGCUCCCAGUUCCGCCUGGCCGUCCUGGACUGGAACAAGAGGGCCAUGGACUUGUACAAGGCCCUAGGAGCCCAAGAUCUGACGGAAGCAGAGGGCUGGCACUCCUUCUGCUUUGAAGAAGAGGCAAUGAGGGAGUUGGCAGGAAGGUGAUGCCAUCCCUUGGGGAUCUCUCUCUACUUGAGCUUCUUCCCCACCAGCUCAAGCCCUCCUCAGAGACUGUCUCCACAGACACUGACACAGAGGCCUCCCUCGAGGAAGGAGGGUUGGGGGUGCAUAUUCCCAAAGUACAGAAAGAGCAGAAUCCAGGGUAAGGCUUUUCCUCCUUGUCGUGGGUGAAAAAUAAAUGAAAACUAUUAUGUCCUGA